UAUGACUGUUGUAUUUUUUUGCAUAAGGGUCCCAAACAGCACAGAGAUUUGGAAUAUUGCGUUACAAUCCUGCACGAAGAUGGCGGCUGUCAUUCAUAAUCCAUUGAAAUCGCUUGGUGACCAGUUCUAUAAAGAGGCCAUUGAACACUGUCGUAGCUACAAUGCCCGCCUCUGUGCUGAGCGCAGCGUGCGCAUGCCCUUCCUGGAUUCCCAGACCGGCGUGGCGCAGAACAACUGCUACAUCUGGAUGGAAAAGCGCCACCGCCGGCCAGGCCAGGCGGCAGGACAGAUGUAUACAUACCCCGCUCGUUGCUGGAGAAAGAAGAGGCGACUCCACCCUCCCCUGGAUCCCCAGCUCCGCCUGUGUGAGCUCCGACUAGAAGCAGAGCUCGCCCCCAAGCGUGAGGUUCCACAGGGGGAGGCCACGGCCUUGGAGGCGCUCCUGAGAGCAGACAGCCUCCUCGAGAAGAAAAACGGCCUCACCAAGGAAGAGGAGACAUUGUUGGAAAUACAGAGAGUCCUGGAAGCAGAGGAAAACGGCGACAGUUUCCAUGACGAUGACGACUUUGAGCUCGAUACUCCAAAGAGGAAGAACAGGAACAGAGGCAAGAGCAAAGGAUCAACUCGGAGAAGGACAGAAGCCGUAAACGUUGACGACCAGGAUAAACCUUACGUCUGUGACAUUUGUGGAAAGCGCUACAAGAACCGACCCGGCCUGAGUUACCAUUACACCCACACUCACCUGGCAGAGGAAGAAGGUGAAGUGGAGGAGAAGGAAACAGAGAUGCCUCCGAAUUCUCCCCCGAGUACGGACCACCACAAACCUCAGAAGGCCUCAGAUGGCACCGUCAUCCCAAACGACUACUGUGACUUCUGCCUGGGAGACCAGGACGCCAACAGGAAAACAGGGCAGGCCGAGGAGCUGGUGUCCUGCUCCGACUGCGGACGCUCUGGUCACCCUACAUGCCUGCAGUUCACAGACAACAUGAUGCAGGCGGUGAGGACCUACCAAUGGCAGUGCAUCGAGUGCAAGUCGUGCAGCCUCUGUGGCACCUCGGAGAACGACGACCAGCUGCUGUUCUGUGAUGAUUGUGACAGGGGAUAUCACAUGUACUGCCUGAAGCCCCCAAUGACCAAGCCUCCUGAAGGAAGCUGGAGCUGUCACUUGUGUCUGGAUCUGUUAAAAGACAAGGCGUCAGCCUUCGGCGAAGCAUAAACCCCCAUAAAUCACUCACACACGUGGAAUAUGUGUUUGUACAUAUAGAAUAAGUGUUUGACAUAACAUUCACAGUUAGAAAGACUGAGACUAAGACGGAUUCUAGACCCACACACAAACACAGACAAGUCUUCAAACACAUGCACGCACACAUUCCAGUGCAUUAGCAGGCUCAGGGCAGUUUCCUGUGUGAGGUGCAGCGACCCUCUACCUCUCAUAUAACCAUGCAACACUCAGCAGAUGCAAAUGCCAUCAGAGUGCAGUUUUGACCACAAUUCAGCUAAGAGCAGGUCUGCUGUUCAGUCCUUUCUCUACCUCACCACCCAGAAGACGGCAAGAAGCCAACGCGUGACUCUUGGCGGCCAAUACUGUGCAGCGCAGUGCGUGUGAAGUACAUGUUUAUUUUACAGCAAACAUUUUAAAGUCUCUGGACAUUAUCCGUGCUGAUUAAAAUUUAUUGGGAUACGAUGGGAUGUGUAUGUGGAAGGUAUUUGCUAAAGCUGUGUCACUUCCUUCCUUUGCUGCUGUUGAUCUCCAGCCGGGGAACCUGAGUGAGUUUGACUGAUGUUUGUUUAAAUCUCUCCUUCCAGCUCCGCUCCUCUCCCAUGUUUAGACUUCACAGUGACGUCCCUGUUUCAUAUCUGGACAGACACUGUGCUGGUAGUUAUCCCAUUUUUCACAGGUUUUUGUCAAGCUUUGUGAAAUUUAUAUCCGCUGCUCAGAGGAAAUGGGGGACAAGGCAGCCUUGACUAUCUUUCUUUUUGGAGCCAGGUGAUAUGUUUCACCUAGAUCUGUUUUCUUUAUCUUUAACAGUUGCUCCGGGUGACGCUUGGCAAGCGAUUUUGAAUUUCUAUGCAUUGAAUGAUACACUCAUUUAUGCAUUGCAGAUGAUGGUUCAGUGUAGCUGUCAAGGAGAUCCUUGUUUCUGUGAAUUAGUAGACCGUUUUUGUUUCAAUACCACCAACAUUUUGAAUGAUAAAUAUGAAAUAAUAUUAUAUGAACAUGACCAGAAAAUUUCACACAAUAUUCCGGUGUUCAAAUG